CUCGCUCCUCAAGCAAUCCUCAGCGACGACUUUAGACUAUCGUCCACGUAUUUGAUUUUCUUACGGACGGUUCAAGCGACACGUGUCGCACGCCGGCUAAAAUCAAAAACCGAAAAAUAUAAUUUCCCUCCUUUCUCCGUCGUAUCAGUGAAGUAAAACCCUAAUAUCUCUCACACACUCGAGACUCUCCAAACUCUUCCGAUGAUGGGCGGCCCCAAAACGUUUGUGGGAGUCCGUUUCUUUCUGUUGGGUUUCGACCCCAUGAACGAGCGCCAGGUUCGAUCUAAGCUGGUCGAUUGCGGCGGGACUGAUGUCGGUAUCUAUUCCCCCAAUUGCACUCACAUCAUUGUGGAUAGGAUUACCUAUGAUCACCCUGUUUGUGGUGCUGCUCGAAAGGAAGGGAAAACCGUUGUCACCGCUUUGUGGGUUCAUCACAGUUUUGAUGUUGGAAUGCUCCUUGAUGCUGCUGCUAUUAUAUACAGGCCUCUUAAACAUUUGAAUGGUAUUCCUGGUGCCAAGAAUUUGUUGAUCUGCUUGACUGGAUAUCAAGGACAAGAUAGAGAUGACAUUAUGACAAUGGUCAAUUUAAUGGGCGCUCAAUUUUCUAAACCGUUGGUGGCAAGCAGAGUCACUCAUCUCAUUUGCUAUAAGUUUGAAGGGGAGAAGUAUAAACUUGCCAAACAACUCCCUCAGAUUAAGAUUGUGAAUCAUCGCUGGUUGGAAGAUUGCUUAAGGGAUUGGGUUCUUCUUCAGGAAGAUAAGUAUAGCCAGAGUGGCUAUGAGUUGGAGAUAAUGGAGGCUGAGGCUAGGGAUUCUGAAGAUGAAGCUGAGGACACCUUUAUUAAGCAAUCUGUGGGGAGAAACAUGAAUAAGAGUUGCCACAAUAUACACGCUGAUUCUCCAGUUCCCUUUAAAAUUUCAAAGUCAGAAGGAAAGGUGUCUAUGGUUCCCCAAAAUUCAAUUGAGAAAGCUAUUUCUCGAAAUGAUGAUAAAAUUGAUCAAGCCUCGAGAUUUUCUGACAUUCAUGUUGCCAAGGUACCUAGCCCUCAUGAUGCCUAUAAAUUAAAAGAUGCCGUGCUUGGUGAGCAUAGUGACCACUGUCACACAACUCCAGAUUCUAAGAUGAAGGAUUACAUGACAUCUACUGUUGAAUCUGUUGAAAGGCAGCCCCCUCGUUCUGAUAGGAAACUAAGCUACUCCAGUCAAUCGGCACGGAAAUCCACACUUCCAUUAUACUCUGGAGAUAGGUCUUCUAAAGGGCCUAUUUGCAAGUUCAAUGUCAGUGAUGAUUUUGCCUCUUCUUCCUCCUUCAGGGUGGAAGAAAAUGAAAAACUUGACUCUAAUUGUGUGGAUGUUCUGUUGAAAACAAAUCUUGUACGUGAUGAAGCAGAGCCAAGUGGUAUAUUGCCUCAAAAAUGGACACCAGUUCAGUCUAAUGUGAGCUCCAAAUUACAGAAGACGAGUUGUGAUGCAGAAUCAAGCAUUGUGAGAAGUCCAUCAAGUGAUACUUCUCCUGAAAAAAUACCAACACCUUUGAUUGAUGGUUCAUAUAAGACUAAUAGUCAUUAUACUGACAGAAAUGAUGAUAAUUCUUUGAAUAAGACUCUGACUCAUUUGAAUGCUGCAGAAACCUUAGGUGCUGUUGUAUUGCCAACAAAAUCAUCUAAUCAUGCUGAGAAAUCAUUGACAUCUGUUGUGCCUUCCUCCACUACCCUGAUCUCAGAGAUUGCCCAUGAUGGCAAUGCCAACGAGAAAUCUCCUCUAUCCACAUUCCAGAGGUUAAGAAAGUCACCCUUAUCCAGCAAGCCUGGCGUUGGAAAUUUGGCAAUGGAAGAAUCUACAACUACGGUGAGAGACAUAAUGGAACCACAAAAUCAGCAACAAGAUGUCCAGGGUUCGUCGCUGAGAAAGAAUAUGUCGGUGACUAAUAGGUCCGACAACGUUGCUAACUUGGACUUGCAUAAAGGUGGAAUUGAUGACUCGAUAAAACCAGAUAGGAAGAUGAUGCUAUCCGAGAAGACUCUCGGUUCUAGGCCCAAGUUAACUUCCGCGAACCAAAAUUUUUCUAUUUACUGGGAUGAUGGUGCCUCCUUAAAUGUUGAUCGUGUUUAUAUAAAUGCAGCAGAUGAGGAGAAAUCCCCCACUACCAAGCCUGCUUUACUUUCUCCAGAUGUUAAUGCAAAAGCAGGGAGGCUAGCAAUUAAAGAUGAUACUACGUCUGCAGAUGUUUCUGAGAACAAAACUGACUCUCUGGAUGAUGAAACUGAGGCUCCUGAGGAAGAAGAUCAACACGAAUUGGAGAGUAUACGUGAAGCGAAUAAGUCGGAGCUUAAUGUUGAUAUAGUCAUGGAAGAGGAAUUAAAAGGGUUGCAGCAUAUAUCAAAUGACUCCAAUCCCUGUGUCCAUGGGGAUGCAACGGCCUCAGGGGAAAAUGUGCAAGAAAAUGAACAAGAAGAAACAGUUUCUGUGCAGGUGGAAUUAACCUCAAAAGGUGGUGGUGUUACAGGGAAGAAGAACAGUGGGAGAAAGGGACAUUUGGUUAAAUCUAAGUUGAAGACUGUUCUGGCAAUCAGUGAUCAAAUGAACUCCGAGAAAUGUGUCGCUGAGGAUAUAUUAAAUCACUCUGAGCCCUGUGUCCAUGGUGAUGCAAGGGCCUCGGUGGAAAAGAUGAAAGAAACUGAACAAAGAGAGUCUGUUUCUAUGCUGAUUGAAACAACCUCAAAAGGAGAUGGUGCUAAAGGAAAGAAGCACAAUGGGAAAAAGCGACCUUUGGGUCGAACCAAGUUAAAGACUUCUCCUGUAGUCACUGAGACUGAGAACAAUAAGGGGACAGAGAUGGAAGAGGUCGGAGUUGCAUGUCCAGUAGGCAAAUCUAAGUGCCACAGUACACCCAAAAGUAAGCCAGAGGAUUCUUCUGAGCUGAAGGAAAACAGGCCAACUGUUCGUGGAGAUCAAAAUAUAAGCAAGGUCAAAGAGCAGGAAGGGAAAUCACAUGUUAAAUGUAAUUUUACUCCAACAGAGAUCAAUCAAAAGUUGGCAAAGAUCAGUCGAAAUUCUGCAUUACAAGACGUGAAGGCUUCAGACAGAGUUAAAACUCAACCUGAAUGGUUUAUUUUGAGCGGACAUCAGUUUGAGAGGAAGGAGUUUCAGCAAAUUAUCAAGCGAUUGAAAGGAAGGUGUUGCCGUGAUUCCCAUAAUUGGUCCUACCAGGCAACACAUUUAAUUAUACCAGAACCAAUUCGCAGGAUAGAAAAGUUUUUUGCAGCUGCAGCAUCCGGAAGAUGGAUUCUUAAGAGUGAUUAUUUGGCAGCUAGUAAUCAGGCAGGAAAAUUUGUGGCUGAGGAACGUUACGAGUGGUACAAGAGUGGCCUCAGUGAAGAUGGCACAAUCAAUUUGGAGGCCCCAAGGAAGUGGCGCCUCUUGAGAGAGAGAACUGGUCAUGGUGCCUUUCAUGGAAUGCGGAUUAUUAUAUAUGGUGACUGCAUUGCACCACGUCUGGAUACUCUGAAGCGCGUCGUGAAGGCUGGUGAUGGGACAGUAUUAGCAACUUGUCCUCCAUACACACGCUUCUUGAACUCUGGACUUGACUUUGCCAUUGUUAGCCCAGGAAUGCCACGUGUUGAUGUGUGGGUACAAGAGUUUUUAAAACACGAGAUACCCUGUGUUGUAGCUGACUACUUGGUUGAGUAUGUGUGCAAACCGGGAUACCCCCUUGAGAGACAUGUGCUAUACAAUACUCAUGCUUGGGCGGAAAAGUCAUUUGGCCGUCUGCAGAGCAAGGCAAAAGAAGUUUUGGUUGUGGUGGAAGAAGAGGAUGAGACACCUAUGGAGGAUUCUGGUAGCAGUGAUAUACCCUGCGUUAUCUGUGGGGCUUGUGACAGAGGAGAGGUAAUGCUGAUAUGUGGCAACGAAAGUGGGUCUGUUGGCUGUGGAAUUGGUACUCAUAUCAACUGCUGCAGUCCGCCACUUGAAGAAAUUCCAGAGGAUGACUGGUUCUGUCCAAAGUGUAGUAGCCAAAGCAAAAACACCAGUAAUCCCUCUAAGAAAAGGAAAAAGGGCAAGAGCAAGUGAUUGUCCCAACUCCCAAUGUGUAAUUUACUGUAUGUUAAGUUCAAAUGUUUGUACGAAAGUGCAUCACUGUAUGUGUGAUGUAGGAACAUGGGAAGGCAAUUAUCCUUCGACUCUUUAUUGUACUGCAUUCACUGUAAGUGGCUUAUUUCCAUGAGUUGUAUCUAUUUUAUUCCACAUUCGCCCAUAGGUUUGCUCUAUC